AUUCUUGUGCAGGUGAUGAGGAAGCCAGAUUGGUUAGUGGCCCUGGAUUCUCAGAAGUUCUUCGUGCCAUGUUCUGCCCAUGCGCACGCGAAGAAGAACGAGAAGAAUAUCUGCUGCCUGGACUGCUGCACCGGCAUCUGCCCGCACUGCGUGCCGGCCCAUCGGUUUCACCGGAUGGUCCAGGUCCGGCGCUACGUCUACCAUGACGUGGUCAGGCUGCAGGACCUGGACAAGCUCAUCGACUGCUCCAAUGUUCAGUCUUACACGAUUAAUAGCUCCAAGGUGGUGUUUCUGAAGAAGAGGCCCCAAAAUAGGCAGUUUAAGGGGUCCGGGAACCUUUGCACUUCCUGCGACAGGUGCCUUCAGGAGCCCUACGUUCACUGUUCUUUGGAAUGUAAGGUGGACUAUCUAUUGGGGCAAAAGAAGGAUCUCUCCCCAUACUUGAGAAAAUGCAAGACUUUGCAGCUGAGUCCCGAUUUCCACGUUCCUCGUGACGACGAAGAGGUGAAUGAAACAACCCACUCCACCAUCGUCGAGGGCGACGAGCUCGUCGGAUCCUCGGACUCUGAAAACUUGAGCUCAGACAAUAUUGUUCGCGUGAAGAGAAACGAGCGUUACAUUAUUAACUGUGCGGCUGCAGCGAGCACCAUCUACGAUGAUGCCUCGAUGGCCAAGAACAUCAGUCGAAGGAAGAGCACUCCUUUUAGAUCUCCUUUAAGCUGA